GGUGAAUGUGUGGACACACAGAGUGUUGAGAGUAUUGUACAGUAGAGACAAAGCGAUUGAGACAUACAUUGAGUAUAGCAUUGGUUAGCAUUGAAUGCAUUGAAUGAGUGUUUGGUUUGCAUUGAAAUCACAUCCAAAUAGACAUUACGUUUGGCAAAGAGUGGAACCGUCUCUUGUCCUCAACCAUCGAGACCUCGACUCUCGGCUAAACCAUACAUGAAAUGGGAGAUCAGUCGACUCUUCUGCUCAGAAAACAACUCAAUGAAGAAUCCGGUGGAGGGCUUCUCAGCGGGUCUGGUCGAUGACGACGACAUUUACAUCUGGGAAGUGCUUAUAAUCGGUCCGCCGGACACUCUUUAUGAGGGCGGAUUCUUCAAAGCACAUCUUCACUUUCCCAAAGACUAUCCCUUAAGACCGCCCAAAAUGAAGUUUGUGACCGAGAUUUGGCACCCGAACAUCGACAAGAAUGGAGACGUGUGUAUAUCCAUUCUUCACGAGCCCGGAGACGAUAAGUACGGCUACGAGAAGGCGUCCGAGCGUUGGCUUCCCGUACACACCGUUGAAACCAUUCUUAUAUCUGUAAUAUCAAUGUUAGCCGACCCUAACGACGAGUCGCCGGCCAAUGUAGACGCAGCGAAAGAGUGGAGAGAAAGCUUCUUAAGUUUCAAGCGAAAAGUGGCUCAAUGUGUGCGAAAGAGUCAAGAAAUUUAAUAAUACUUUUAUACGGGUGAGAGACAGAUAGCCCCUCCCUAUACACCUUCUAUAUCUGUAUAUCUCUCACAACAAGUGUUCAAAAUAUCUUUGGAUUCUUUUAAAUAACUGAAACAAA